AUGAAACCCGCACCCAUUGCCAUUGUCGGCGGCGGGCCAUGCGGCCUAACAUUUGCACGUCUCCUUGAAACUGCUGGUAUUGACUAUGUCGUAUUUGAACGUGAUGCCUCGUCAGAAGGGUCAUCACUCUUCCAAGGCGGUACCCUCGACAUACACAGCGAAACGGGCCAAAAAGCCCUCCGUCGCGCAGGCCUAACCAAAGAGUUCGAGAAGCUCGCACGUCGAGACGCAACGACAAUAACCAUACAAACCUGCAAAGGCGACCUCCGCACGACCAUUGGUGAGGGUCACGAUGCCCCCGAGAUCGACCGUCUACAGCUGCGACAGUUGCUCCUGAAUUCACUUCCCGCGCAUCGCAUCCGCUGGGACAAAGCCCUCCAUUCGAUUGAUCGCGCCAACAACAAUCAGCAACUAAGCGCAGCAGACUGGCUACUGCGCUUCGCCGAUGGUUCAACAGAAACCGGAUUCCGACUCAUUGUCGGCGCCGACGGCGCAGGGAGUAAGGUCCGCCCAGUGAUCACCCCCGCAAGUCCCCAAUACUCGGGCAAAAUGUUCAUCGAAGGCCGCAUAUCCCCAGGUAAUCCACAAUACGCCGCAGCACAAGAGAUGAUCGGCGCGGGUAACUCCGUCGCCACGGGCAAGGACACCGUCCUCUGCAUUCAGCAGAUGUCCGAUCGUUCUUAUCGCGUCUACAUGGGUCUCAGGGUACCUUCAACGUUCACUCGUCCUGGCGGCGACGCCGACAUAACCGACCCGGAGAAAGCACGAACUGCCGUUCUGGAAUUCUACGCCAAUUGGGCACCGCAUCUGCGUGCAUUCGUCGAGGCGGCCGAGUGGCCGUGGCGUCCAUGGACACUGAACCGACUUGAUCCAGAUAUUUUCCUCGAGGGAAGUGAGAGUUGGAAACAUGUUCCGGGUGUGACACUACUUGGCGAUGCUGCACAUCUGGCCACGCCAAAUGGGGAGGGCGUUAACAUGGCCAUGUUUGACGCGCUGGUGUUAUUCGAUUCCAUCAUGGCCGAGACACAAAAAGGAGAUAGCGAUGCAGCUGCUAUAGAGCGCGCUAUUGUUGCCUACGAAGCGGAAAUGCGACCCCGAGGACGAGAAAAGAUCCUCGACUCGAUCAACAUGGAAGACAUGAUGUACACGGAAGACGGAGCAGCGCAGAUGCUAGCUAUGAUCAACCCAGACGCCCAGCAUUGA